AUGGUUAAUCGUUUAAUUUGUUUUGUUACCGGGGUGCUCGCUCUGGGAAGCGGCCUCGCAAGUGCUCAUGGCUCACAUUCAAGCGACCAACCUUCAUCGGACGACUGGGCUACCAGACACAUGAUGGAGGAGCACCAUAUUGAAGGAUUCGAUGCCCCCUCGUUUUUCCUUUUGCACGAUUACGACUCAUCCGGCGCAUGGACUACCGACGAAGUACGCAAGACCUAUGGAAUGGACGACGAAUCCAAUAAAGACAUGAGCGAAAGUCAGAAAAAGGACGCUAUCCGUCAAGUGUUCGAUCUUUUCGAUCCCGAAAAUACCGGUUUUAUUACACAAGAAAGCUGGGUGAAAGGAAUUGCUGCCGGCACUAAGUUGCCCGACCUUGGUUGUGGACCGGGACACCAUGGCGAUAUUGAAUAUGAGUAUGAGAUUCAUCACUUCGAAAAAUAUCAUGGAGAUGAUGCCACCGAGGAGGAAUUGAACCACCCGGAAGAUAUCGAGCAUUUCCGCCUGCAUGACGAGAUGGAGCGUGCUCAAAUGCGCCUUGACCAAUUGGACCAAAUGCAAAUUGUCGUGGGCAACAUUCCCUCGAAAUUUCGCCGCAAUUAG